UUGCAGAGGGACACACCGGCACACGAGACACUGGACUGACUGUCCCACUGACUGCGGAAUACAUUAGCACACAGGGCUCAGGACGCGGAGCGAAAUGUGUUUUCCAAGUGUUUUGGACAAAGCAUGGGUGCUUGCACAGUGGGGGGGGCCUCUGUCGCUGAGCAGGAUCUGAGUAAUGUUGGGAAAGUGAUGACCUGUGCUCCAGCGCUAAAGGCAACCCGCCUAGGCAGACGGAAGACUGCUCUGUGAGAGUCCUCUUCGGUGACGCUCGACAUCUCCAGUCCCACAGGACAGACGUUCAUUUGGACGAUUGCCAGGAUAAUAUCUCUCAAUACUCCUGUUUGUGGGCCCGUCAUAAUGCCUGACUUGUCGUUGCCAACGCAGAUAGUGUAAGAAAUGAUGUAGGAGUUUUACCAGGGACCUUGACUGAACUCCACAGACAACUUAAAAUGUCAACAGGUCAAUCUCUUCGGCGCAGCAGGCUCAGCAAGUGCUUCCUCAACAUGUUGGCCUAUCAGAUAUGUUGCUGCUGUGGCCCCGCCCCUUGUUCUCUGUGCUGCGCCUUCUGUCCUCCCGUCAAGUCUUCCUCCAGCACACGGAUCAUGUACAUCCUGUUCCACAUCCUGGCCUGUGCUGUCUCGUGCCUCAUGCUGUCCCGGACUGUGACUGAAGCAGUGAGAGAGAACGUGCCUUUCUUCACCCUGGUGUGCGAUCAGGCCCGUGGAGGUGGGGACUGUGAGAUGCUGGUGGGGUACUCAGCGGUUUACAGGGUGUGCUUCGGCACCGCCUGCUUCCACCUGAUGAUGGCGCUCUUUCUCAUCGAUGUCAAGUCCAACCAGGACUUUCGCGCAUUCAUCCACAAUGGGUUCUGGUUUCUGAAGUUCAUUACCCUUUUAGGGAUGUGUGCUGCUGCCUUCUUCAUCCCAACAGAAUCCUUCCUACAUGCCUGGCACUAUGUCGGUGUGGCAGGUGGUUUUGCCUUCAUCCUGAUUCAGCUUGUCCUCAUCACGGCAUUCGCUCACACCUGGAACAAGAACUGGUUGACGGGUGCUGCUGAGGACAAGCGGUGGUACCUGGCGGUCCUGUGCGCCACCCUGGGCUUUUACGCCAUUGCCACCGGAGCCUUCACCUUCAUGUACAAGUUAUACACCCACCCGGCUGCCUGCCAGCUGAACAAGGUCCUGCUGUGGACCAACCUGGGCCUGUGUGGCCUCAUGUCCUUCAUCGCUGUCACUCCCUGUGUGCAGGAAAGACAGCCUCGCUCCGGACUACUCCAGGCCUCCAUCAUCAGCUGUUACGUCAUGUACCUGACUUUCUCCGCCCUCUCCAGCCGUCCACCAGAAAGAGUGGAGUUCCAAGGGCGGAACAUGACGGUUUGCUACCCCAACAUUGGUCGCGAUGGGAUACAGAAGGAGGGCAAUGCUGUGGCAAUCAUCGGGGCGGCCAUUAUGUACUGUUGCGUGCUCUUUGCAUGCAACGAAGCCUCUUAUCUCGCAGAAAUGUUUGGUCCCUUCUGGAUGAUCAAAGUUUAUCGCUAUGAAUUCCAGAAAGCCAGCUGUUGUUUCUGCUGCCCAGAACAAGAGGAGGAGGAAGAGAUGGAGAUUGAUCAUGAGAAUAAAGGCUGCCAGAAGGUGAUCCACAAUGAAAACCAGCGGGUUGCGUACAGCUACUUCUUUUUCCAUUUUGUCUUCUUCUUGGCCUCCCUCUAUGUCAUGAUGACCCUCACCAAUUGGUUCAGCUACGAGUCAGCAGUCCUGGAAACUACCUUCACCCAUGGCAGCUGGUCCACCUUCUGGGUGAAGAUGGUUUCAUGUUGGGCCUGCGUAGUCCUCUACCUUUGGCUGCUGCUGGGUCCACUCUGCCGCUCCGAGUCCAAGUCGCGACCCCGGAGGUCACGGAUCAGGAGAAGGUCGCACCGCCACGUCAGUGUCAUCGUGUGACGGCACACAGGCUUGCAGGGCCCCGGUGCCGCCAGGGACGGAUGCACACGAGAGUGUUGCCCUGUGGAUAGCUUGCCCUAAGCCUCCCUGUACUGCCCCGUGCUGAGGAACGCUGCCCUUGCUACUGAUAGGGCUCCAGCAUUCCUAAUGUUGGCAUGAACUCAGACGCAACUGGGUUGAGAGCCAGGAAGGAUAAUAAAAACAAGGCCAAUGAUAUAAGCCUGAGAAGGCCAUAACCAGGGCUUAGGCUGGUUUAAAACAUACUGCAUUUUGCAGAUUGCCAGAGGGAACCGUAAGCUAAGCUGGACUGUUCUAUUCUGAUUUAAUGGAAGCUACCAAGAUGUCUGGUCCAUUUUAUGUGCUCAGAUAUCCUGAUGAUAUAAUUAUAUUUUUUAAUGCUGAAUUUAGUCAUAGAGCACCAGUUUCAGAAAAGACAGCCAAGUAACGCAUAAGAAGGUGAUUUUUCAAAUAGUUGGUUUGUAAUUCAAACAAUUUCAAGCAGCCUUCCGUUUCUGAGCAAUGGCUUCCUCACAUUUGCUGUGAUCUGUGGCCACUCUGUAACCUGUUUCAAAGGCUAUGUCCUGGGAGAAACUCUUACUCCCACAACUAACACAGUUAGGCCAUGGGGAGCGAAUGCAAUGUAUGCAGUAACAGCAUAGUGUUUAUCAUUUUUCCUUGUGAGAUGUAAAUAUUUGAGCACUGGAACGAUUGUGAACCAAGCUGGAAACAUAUUGCCAUGACAGCUGUGACAAAUCAAGGUAUUUUUUUAAAUACAUUUUUUCAACAAAUGG